CUUUUACGCACGACACAUGCGCUGUCGUUCGCUCUCCAUCUCCGUAACCGAAAGAAAUAGUUGAUUUCCUCCAUCAAACGGCGAGUGGACCUAACCAAGGGAGGAUGUCGGCUUCAGUGUACCGUGCAACACACACUCUUGGUUGAGUGUGUUUUAGCAACAAGCUCGCUCACAUUUCCUGGGCUACAGGCUGUGAUAAUUAGCUUAGCUCGUCCACCUAGCAUAGCCGGCGAACUUUGACCAUUUGCUAGCUACUGAGUAACGCUAGCUAGCUAACACCUGCUGGGUUAAGCCACAGCCAGACACAAGGGCGAACUGUUUCUCUGUGUGGCGACAGACCUCGGGAAAGCAGGAGCUGCCCCAGCAGAGCAGUGCCGACUGAUUCACCCGGUCUGAACUGCGCUGUUGUGUCGUUUGAGGUCAUUGUCAUUGGCGUCGCUUCAACGCACAGCUAACGCCAGAGCUAGCCGAGAAGACAUGAGGAGCCUGCCGUACUUCUGCCGGGGAGAGGUCGUUAGAGGUUUCGGGAGAGGAAGCAAGGAGCUGGGGAUCCCAACCGCCAACUUCCCAGACUCAGUGGUGGAACAUCUUCCAGCAGAUAUCAGUACGGGGAUCUAUUAUGGCUGGGCCUCUGUGAGUAACGGGGACAUCUACAAAAUGGUGAUGAGCAUCGGCUGGAACCCUUACUACAAAAAUACCAAGAAGUCCAUGGAGACACAUGUAAUCCACAAGUUCAAAGAGGACUUUUAUGGACAGAUUCUCAGUGUUGUUAUGGUGGGCUACAUCCGUCCAGAAAGAAGCUUUGACUCACUUGAAGACCUAAUCGCAGCCAUUAACAACGACAUCGAGGAGGCCAAGCAGAAGCUGGAGCUCCCGGAGCAUCUGAAGCUGAGAGAGGACAACUUCUUCACCACAGCCCCCGGCACGCCAUCAACCACAAAUGCCAACACGACGCCAACACAGACAAUCAUGAACGGUCACUGACCACGGGCUGGGCCUGGAGCACUGGCACACACAUACAUAUACACACACAUGAAGAUACAAGAUGUACUCAAUAAAACAUCGCCUCAUCAUGAGAUCUCAUCUGUUAGCUGUAGUGUUGGCCAAAAAUUUACAUAUUCAUCACCAGCUGUUCAUUUUUUUUUUUUUUUUUUUGUAUUUGCGUUUAUUUUAUUUUUUUUUUAACUUUGUCACCAUUUCAUAUUGUCAUCCUUUCUAACUGGCUUGAGGAGGCCUUCCACUUCCCACUGUAUGGCGUUCCCCAGUACUCCAUGGUUAAUUUUCAUUUCUAUAUGGUCACACCAGAUUAGUAAUCAUCCAGUGGCGUAAUUGUGUGCGGUGUGAUACUCUUAGGUCAUACUGUUCAAGUCAUGUUUCCUGACAUUUUCGUUCCCGCAAAUUCUCACUUUCAACUCAGAAAAUCACAUGAAGAAUUGUGAAGUAUGAAUAGACCUCUUGGCAUACGAUUGCCAUAUGAUUUUCAGUGUAUUGGAUGUUUGUUUCAGUUAUGUGGCAAAGUGCAAGAGUGCAGUUUAUGGGAGAAGAUGAGGAAUGCAAAAUCACAAGAUAUUCUGUAAUGAAUGUUUUUUUUAUUUUAUUUUAUUUUAUUUUUAAUUUCCAAGGUUAAUGGCAGGGAUGGACCAUAAACACUCAGUUCUGCUGUGUGCUGAUUACCUCUUAAGUGGCUUUGCUCUCUGGGAACGCGAUCCAGCCAAGGUCAAGUACUUAGUUUCUCGAGUCCUUUCUGUCAAGGUUUGUUUUGACGUCAGAUGGUGGAGAGAGAGAGGUGAAGUUUGGGCAUUAGUGUCUGUAAAACAAUCCCAGGUUGAACUUGCACAUUGAGAUGACUUUAUGCAACAAGUUGUGUGGAUGAAGAGAGAGAUGAAUUGAUGUUGGACUGGAGGAAAAUUGAGUUGUGUUGUGGUUAAUUCUCAGAAGUUGUUUUAUCCUUGUGUUUCCAUCUCAAGAGGACGAACGUAACCAAGGAAAAUCAUCUGAAAUAUAGCCAUUCCCUCUUCCAGUUGGUCAUAAAGUCACCCAUAACUCGGUUCUGUUUUAUCACUGUCCUCAAAAAUGCGCGAUCAUUUUAAUAUGUAUCAUAAACUUGUUUUAGCCCAUGCUCGCACUGCUGAGUUGCUUCAUAACCAACAGGAUGGCAGAAAUUCUGCUACUAGCAUGUUUUAUUACAUCGCUAUUUUAAUCUUGUGGUUUUGUUCACUUGCCACUGUCUUGACCUCUAAAGAAUGGGGAUUUUAGUUAAAAUAUAGAUGAACCGAAGAACAUUAAUGCUGAAAACAAAAGCCUUGAUUGUGAAUGUCAGGUCAGUCUUCUCUAACAGAGUUCACUGAGCUGGGCCUGUGUUUACAUCCUGUGGGUUUGUCCCAAAUAAGAAACACACACAGGAGUGAUGAGGUGGGGGAAAAUCAAAGUCCACAGCUUCUGUUCCCAAAUAGAUAUUUCCAGAUGUUCAAAUAGUAAUUUAUGUCAUAAACUAAGUGAAAAUGGAUAAUAAUGUAGACGCCUGAGCUGAAUAAUCUGCACACAGACGUAACAUUCACUAUGGUCAAUGGUGUAUUUCUCAAAAGUGAUAUGGUGUGUCUGUGGUUCCUGUUUCUGUUCCAGUUACUGCGCCUCUAUCAAGUUUCUGCUUCAUAUCAGAUGAGUUUCACAGUUGAGUCAAUACUGUAGUACUGUACUGUAGAUACUUAACUGCAUAUAAGCAUGUCUAAUGUAAAUACCCAACUCAGUAUCAGUUGACUAUCAUGUGACUUUUAACUAAGUGUAAGCUUUGUGUCAGGGUGAGAUUAAGUUGAUAUAAAGCUGAAUAUUAACAUCGGACAAUCGCAAAUAAAGCGAUGCUCAGUUUUCUCAGUCAGUAAAUGCACAAUGGUAUCAGUUGAUUUUUUUUUUCUUUUUUAGUGUUUUGAGCUGAGCUCAAAUCUUGAAGUUGCUGUCAAUACUAAAACAGAGGGUUGUGUCGCAUUACAUUGGAAAUGAACUCCCAGUGCAUCACCUUGCUAAUCACAAUGUGCAGAUGUGUCCUGUGCAUAGUUUCUGUUUUUUUGUUGUGGCUUCUGUCUUUUGGACAAACUUAUUGUUACGUACAACAUUUUAACAUUUUAUUUUUUUCAUUUGAAGGGGUCUUUUUAAAAGUUGUUUGUGUAGGAAGUCAUGCCAUCCUUAUAGGCGACACGGGGAACCUCUAGAAGUGCAGUUCAGAGUUUAUGAUUCUGAAUAUGUUUCGACUCUUGUGGACGUAACACCGGAGAGAAGUAGCUCAAGUUUUCUGUUAUACUCUUUACAUCAGUUUAUUACAUGUCUGUGUGUGUGUGUGUGUGUUUGUGUGUGCGUGCGUGCUUGUGCACCAGUUCCAUUUUUACAAACCAUUUCUGUGUCAUUAAUAGAGCUUCUGUAAAUAAUUAUUUCAGAUUCCUUCAGUCAAGCUAUGUGAUUUGGGGUUUUACAUUCAAAGCUGUAUUUUGGUCUGUGUAUUAAAGAGUUAUUUUAUUUAGGAAGUGAAACACAUGCGACUGCAUUUUAUGAAUGUUGACAUCUAUUUUUUUAAAAUUGCUAUCUACAUUCCCCACGGCUUCCCCUCAAAGACCUGGUGUUUAUCAAGGCCGCAGUAGUUCCUCUUCACAUCAGAUCAGUUGACUGACUUUAUCCUCCCUGACCAGGAGGCUGGUUAGAGGGCACACAGAAAACAAUCAGAGGUCCCCAAACUGUGUGUAUCACAUUUAUGACAGUAAGGCCAACUAAAACACAAGUAACCAACACACAAAGUAACACUAAGGAUUCACUGUGUAUACUGGUACCUGAUCCACUACUAUUAAAGCCUGUUUUUUAUGUAUUGAAUGCUGUGCAAGACACAAUGUUCAUCCUCUGAAGUACUUACUAAUAUACAGAAAAAAAAUCCUGAAGAACCUUUGAAUUGUCUCAGUGUAACUUUGAACCUGUGUGCUGCCUUUUCAAGCCAGUCUUCAGUUUCCCUGGCUGAUAAGAUUGUGACGAGUGUGACUCUUGGGGGAUUUAAGGCUGAAGCGGUCACUGAAGAGACGUGCGUUUCAGCCUUACUGAGCAAGGGUCGCACAUGUCCCUCAGACAUGUUUGUGGUUAUCGUUUGUUCUGUCGAAGGGGCCAGGGUUACCACUUGUAGAGUUAAAGCUUCCUGUCGUGUAUUCAAUUUUGUGUUUUCAUUUAAGUCGAUCUAAUAAUCUAAUCAAAAUACACUAAAUUAUUAAAGCGUGAAUACCAUGAAAAA